AAAAAAAAAAACAUUGGACCUCCAAGUUCCCUAAACACCAACACACACGCUCUCCCCUCCUCCUCCCAAACCUCCUCAACCCGCCGCCGCAUCAAUGGAAGCCGUUCAGCGUCAGCGACAACGUCCACGUGGCAGACCACAAGGCUCCAAAAACAAACCGAAACCACCGGUCAUCCUCACCUUGGACCCUCCCAUGAGUCCUUACAUCCUCCAAGUCCCCUCCGGAAACGACGUCGUGGCCUCCAUCAACCGCUUCUGCCGCGAGAGAGGAGGCAUCGGCCUCUGCGUCCUCAGCGGCUCAGGCUCCGUCGCUGACGUCACUCUGCGUCAGCCUUCCUCUGCAGGAGCUCCUCCUGGCUCCACCAUCACUUUCCACGGCGAGUUCGAACUCCUCUCCCUCUCCGCCACUUUCCUCCCUCCUCCCGUCCCCGACUCCUUCACCGUCUCUCUCUCCGGACCUCAGGGACAGAUCAUCGGCGGAUUCGUCUCCGGUCCGCUUAUCUCCGCCGGACCGGUUUACGUCGUGGCAGCGAGUUUGAACAACCCUUCGUAUCACCGGUUACCGGCGGAGGAGAAGGAAGAAAACUCCUCGGCGGGGGAGGUGAAGGGAGAGAGGGGAGUGUCGUCGCCGGGGUCUGGAGGAGGGGGUGGUGGAGAGUCUUGUCACAUUGAUGGUUCUGAUGUUCUCUGGCCGCCCGCCGCCGGAGCUCCACCGCCGUAUUAAAACAGUCCUUGCGUUUAAAGUUUCGGCUUUUCAUCAUCAUCAAGAAUCAAAUCGUUUGCUUUUUUAUUUUAUUUUAAUUUUUGUUAGAUUUUUGUAUCAGAAUGAACUCACUCCUCUCAUGCUCUAAGUUUGAAGUUUGACAUUAAUUUGACUUGAGAAUAUUAUAUGAUUCCCAUUAGAUAAUUAGAAUGUUUGUCCCUUUUAUCAUUUGUUGGUCUUUUUUAAUUUCUAUUGGAUGUCUGGUGGUUGGCAGUAUAGUUUUUUUUUAUUCAUUUCUCCGACAGAAGACAUCCUAUGGUUUGGUUUGAUUAUUA